UGUUUAGUGUAUCGUAAACUGCCAGCGUUGAUUGCUACUUUAUCACACUAGAAUAAUGGCUACGAAAAGCAGGUGGGAGACCAAUGAGGAAAUACAGUAUUUUCGGGAAUAUCUCCGAAUCCCUAGUGUACACCCAGAUCCCGAUUAUGAACCUUGUGUGGAAUUUUUAAAACUACAAGCGAAAUUGCUCGAUCUUCCCAUACAAGUACGUUAUCCAGACAAUGAUCGUAAUCCAGCUGUGAUCUUAACAUGGCAAGGCAAAGAGCCUUCGCUACCUGCCAUAUUCUUGCACUCGCAUAUGGAUGUGGUGCCGGUAUUUCCAGAGAAUUGGUCCCAUCCACCAUUUGCCGCUGACAUCGAUGAAGAAGGACGGAUAUUUGCACGCGGCGCACAAGACAUGAAAUGUGUUGGAAUGCAAUACCUGGGCGCGAUUCGUGCACUCAAGAAGAGUGGAGCAAAAUUUAAACGAACAAUUCAUAUAUCGUUUAUCGCAGAUGAGGAAAUGGGUGGACGUUUUGGUAUGCGUCCAUUUGUGCAUACUGCAGAAUUCAAAUCUUUGAAUGUAGGAUUUUCAUUGGAUGAGGGCCUGGCGUCGCCCAAUGAAGAGUUCCCUGUUUUCUUUGCUGAGCGUAGUGUGUGGCGUAUAUAUUUUCAGAUUUCAGGCACAGCUGGACAUGGUUCACUUCUCUUGAAAAAUACAGCUGGCGAGAAACUUCACUAUAUUGUUAACAAAAUGAUGGGAAUGCGUAAGCAAGAAUUACAAAAAUUGGAAAAUAAUCCCGAAUUCACCAUCGGCGAUGUGACCACAAUAAAUUUAACACGCCUAGGCGGUGGUGUUCAAAGUAAUGUCGUACCGCCGUCGUUAAUGGUUUGCUUCGAUGUACGUCUGGCGAUCGAUGUAGAUCAAAAAGAGUUUGAAAAUCAGCUUCAUCAGUGGUGCGAAGAUGUUGGAGGAGGUAUUGAACUUGAGUAUGAACAAAAACGUCCUCGUGUUGCUCCCACUCCUACAGAUAAAAACAAUCCAUUUUGGGUUGCAUUUAAAAGUGCUACCGACGAGUUGAAUUUAAAGAUUUCUAAGCAAAUUUUUGCUGGUGGCACCGACAGUCGUUAUAUAAGAGAAGUUGGCAUACCGGCUUUGGGUUUCUCGCCGAUGAACAAUACCCCAGUGUUGCUACACGAUCACGAUGAGUUCAUAAAAGCAGAUACUUAUUUGCGUGGGAUUGAGAUUUAUAAGAAAAUUAUAGCGAAAUUAGCAGAGGUUUAAAGUAAAGGCUUAAUAUCAGUCAUAUAUAUGUAUGUAUGUACUAAUGUGUUAUAUACGCCAAUAUACUAAAUUAAUUUUUUAGUAGAUGCUGGUUGCAAGGUAGAUCUUAACCAAAAUUUUAUGUAUGUAUGCUAAUUAAUAAAAAAAUAAUUUGUUCAAUUCAUAUUCAAAUAGUUAA